CCGCUCUGCGCAAGGCCGUCCUGGGGCCCAGCCGCCGGCCUGGCACGGCGCCAAGCAACUUCGGUUGAUUUAUACGUCGACACAAGUUGCCUUUUGACGGAGCUGUGGUCAUGGCCACCUGGUAGGACCAGUGUGCAGAACCUGAGGCCAGUUCAGAAUGAGUGAAGAAGCAUGCCGAACCCGUGGUCAGAAGCGAGCCCUUGACCUGGACCCCACUGAGGACGGUGCAGACAGCAAGAAAAUGAAGACAGAGAGAGGGCCAUCAGCAUCAGAAUCAACAGUGGAUGGAGAAUCCAGGGUGACACCAGAGCCAGGAGCAGGCCCAACCCCAGGGUUGCUGAGGCCAACAGAGGCUGUAGGAACAGACGAAGGGCCCGUGGAUAUGCGUACCUCACACAGUGACAUGAAGUUGGAGCGGAGGCCCCCCUCCCCUGAUGUGAUCGUGCUGUCUGACAGUGAACAGCCCUCGAGCCCCAAGAUGAAUGGGCUGUCCACAGAACCCUUGAAUGAGACCAGCACUGAGUCCCUCCUGAAGAGCAGCCCAGAAGAGCGGGAGAGGAUGAUCAAGCAGUUGAAGGAGGAGCUGAGGCUAGAGGAAGCGAAGCUGGUCUUGUUGAAAAAACUGCGACAGAGUCAGAUACAAAAGGAAGCCACUGCUCAGAAGCCUGCAGGCUCCUCAGGGAGCACCGUGACCACUCCUCCCCCGCUUGUGCGGGGCACCCAGAACAUUCCUGCCGGCAAGACAUCCCUUCAGACCUCUUCAACCCGAAUGCCCGGCAGCAUCAUCCCACCACCCCUGGUCCGAGGUGGACAGCAGGUGUCUGCGAAGCUGGGACCACAAGCAAGCUCACAGGUGGUCAUGCCACCACUUGUCAGGGGGGCCCAGCAGAUUCACAGCAUCAGGCAGCAUUCCUCCACGGGGCCACCACCCCUCCUCCUGGCUCCACGCGCCUCCGUGCCCAGCAUGCAAAUUCAGGGACAGAGAAUCAUCCAGCAGGGACUCAUCCGUGUCGCCAAUGUCCCCAACACCAGUCUGCUUGUCAACAUCCCACAGCCUGCUGCAGCAUCGCUGAAGGGGACAACGGUCACCUCUGUGCAGACCAAUUCCACCCCUACCAGCGUGGCCUCUGUGGUGGCCUCUGCUGAAUCUCCUGCCAGUCGGCAGGCGGCUGCCAAACUUGCACUGCGCAAACAGCUGGAGAAAACACUGCUGGAGAUCCCCCCACCCAAACCCCCUGCCCCUGAGAUGAACUUCCUGCCUAGUGCGGCAAACAAUGAGUUCAUCUACCUAGUUGGCCUGGAGGAGGUGGUACAAAACCUUUUGGAGACACAAGCGGGCAGGAUGUCUGCAGCUACAGCUGCGGCAGUGCUCUCCCGGGAACCCUACAUGUGUGCACAGUGCAAGACAGACUUCACAUGCCGCUGGAGGGAGGAGAAGGGCGGGGCCAUCAUGUGCGAGAACUGCAUGACUUCCAACCAGAAGAAGGCCCUCAAGGUGGAGCACACGAGCCGCCUGAAGGCUGCCUUCGUGAAGGCGCUGCAGCAGGAACAGGAGAUGGAGCAGCGCCUGCUACAGCAGGGUGCCAGUGCCACUGCUGCUACUGCCAAGGCUGAGCCUGCCGCUCCACAUCCUGCACUGAAGCAGGUCAUAAAGCCCCGACGUAAGUUGGCGUUCCGCUCAGGAGAGGCCCGCGACUGGAGUAACGGGGCUGUGCUACAGGCUUCCACUCAGCUGUCCCGGGGCUCAGCGACGACUCCCCGCAGUGUCCUACACACAUUUAGCCAGUCACCCAAACUGCAGAACGCAACCUCGGCCACAGCCCUGGUCAGCAGGACUGGCAGACAUUCCGAUAGAGCCACAGGCACUGGGAAGAGUGCCACCUCCAACUGGAAGAAGACAUCCCUGAGCACAGGCGGGACCCUUGCCUUCGUCAGCCCAAGCCUGGCAGUACACAAGACCUCCUCGGCUGUGGACCGCCAGCGAGAAUACCUCCUGGACAUGAUCCCACCACGCUCCAUUCCCCAGUCAGCCACGUGGAAAUAGUGCGAGCCCGGCCCUCCCAUGGGCCCUGGUCCAGGACAUGCUUUGCUGCUCUCCUGUUUUGAUGGAGAAACUUCGGGCCUUGGCUAAAGCCCCGCUGUAGCCAAGAGAGGGCACCGUUACGGCGAUAAGGAUCAGAACCAGGGACCUUCCCUGUGGGCCUUCUCCUUCCUCUCUUUGCCUUUAGUUUGCCCGACACCAGCAGAAAUAAAACGUGGACUUCGGGCCAGCUCUGCCCCAGCAGGCAUUCCGGCUCACCCUGGACACUGUGACUAGCCCAGGCGAGGCUGGCGCCCGGGCUUCUGACCUUGAGCCGGGUUUUCAUUUUCUUUGGCUUCUCCCAUCUUAGAACCCCUGUCUUUACCUAUUCAUGGCCGUCUAUAGGUUGAGGUUUUUUUUUUAAUUUUUUAAAUUUUAUUUUUAAUCACUUCAUGAUGAUGGAAUUAAAAGUGAACAGCACAGACCCACAUCCCUGUUGUGCAUAGUGUCCUGGUGGUACUAUGGAGACCUGACAGGGCAGCACCCAGGCAUAGUGGUGUCACCCUUGCUUCAGCCAAAACCUCCGUUGCUGCUUGGAGUUCCACACUUGGCAGCAAAUGGCAGCCCAGGUCCUGACAGAGAUCAGGGAUUCCAGAUGGACACUGGUGGGGAAGCUGCUUGGGAGGGGGUUGUAUUUUGUUGUGGUGGUUUAUUUUAUUAAAUUUUCCUUUCCUCUUCAUUUUGAUGGACAAGAUCUCAAGCCACACUGGCUCAGGUGCCCACCGUGAGGUACACAGGUGGGUCUGGGUUAGGGCAUCCACUCAUGGGGUUUGCUAGAGCCUUUGAGUUGGGGGCCAGCAGGGUUUGCUUCAGACUUUCCUUUAGUCUACAGAAAUGUCUUUGAAAGGAUCAGGUCUGCUUUAGUUCUAUUUUAUUUUUCUUUCCCCUCCCAUUCUGAAAAUCAGUUCCAUAGCGGAAGGCAGAAACCAUGUUGUGUCCACCAUGGACUGGGACACCACUGCAGGGACAGGACCAUUGGAUUUGUUCCCUUCCAGUCCUGGGUUUCCUGUCCGUGCAGUUGGGGACUUUUAAUUUAAAUCCUUGUUCUGUGGGCCCACUGCCUCCUCCAGACACACCUCUGCCACAUUCUAAUAAAGGCUCAUUUAACCCCCACUCGCGUGUGGAUAUCCUCCAUCUCCAGGGAGUGAUUGGACUCACAGCAGUGCUGAAACCCAGGUUGAUCACUGGUUUUUGGUUUGAGUGGGUUACUUCACCUGGCUGCAGGAUGAAAGGGCAAUAUUUGGUAGCAUCUAGGGAUUUGGGAGGGAUGGGCAGGAACUGUAUUUUUUUAAAGAGGGGUUUUUACACCAAAAAAAGUAAUAAUAAUCCAAGAGUAUGCAACUAUUUCUUGCUCCUCAUGUUUUUCUAUGUUCACCCUGAGCUGUUGGCCCUCAGUUGACAUGGGCCAGGUUCUCUGGCUUCUCUGAACAGAAGUGCUGAGUGGCCUGCAAGCCUCUGGCCAGCAGACCUCAGUUCUGUGCAGUCACCAAGACCUUGUGUCAAGGUCAAGUCACCCUACAUUGGAAGGGACCUACAGGGGCCAGCUUGGGUUGAGGAGGUCUCAUGUGAGGGCUUGAUACAUCCAUUGCUCCCUGAACCUUUCAAUCCUGGUGACUUUACCCCUUGCUAUCCUCUAAGCCUUGUGAUCCCAGUAGACUGUGCUCCUCAUAAAGGGACGUGUGCCAUAGGCAGAGCAGAGGACCACCAUCCUCCAUGUGUCUUGCCUCUGCCUCUGUAUCCCAGGCGUGUUCCCAUCAGGGAUGGUAUACUGUGAUGUAGACAGAUUUUUGUACAUUUAAAGGGAGCAAGAGUGAGGUGCCUUAAUCCUAUCUUGGAAGUAGUACUACCUGUGUGUCCCCUUGCAGUGUAACUUGUCUGAGAAGCUCCGUGCGGGUGAAUCUAAGGUAACUUGUUAGGCACAGGGUUGGGCCUGGAGGACCAGGAAAGGGAUAUGUCUAUGCCAGUAGCAAAGCUUGUGCUAUUCCUUAAAGCUGGUUCUCCACAUGUGCUGGGUCCUGGGCUCCUGGAGAGCCCUGCAGGAACUGUGUGGUUUCAUACAGCAGCACUUGUGAUUGUCCCAGUUAUCUCCCACAGAAACUCCCCAAAGCAACUACAACUUGAUGUCUGCUGCUCUGUUUGGUGAAGCCAAAACAGGGGGCUUUUAGUGUGUGUGUGGGGGGGGGGGUGUUUGAAAUGGCCAAGUGCAGUGCACAUUUGUGUCUACUUGGGGCCACCCCCAUCUCUAGCUGUGCUAUGUUGAGUCCAGUUCAUAUUGACACCCAGAACCACACCUCUUGACAGGAGUUCCAUUGUCCCCUGGGGGUGGGACUGUGUCCCUGCAAGCAGCUCAGAUCCUAAUCUACUCCCAGGAUCUCUGAAUGAGGUAAUGAGUACUUCUCUUGCACCUGUGAAUCUUGUCAACACAGGUGUCCCUCACUGGAAGGAUGGCCCUUGCUGAUCUGUGGGUUUUUAGUGCCAAGUUUGGCUGCAUGCUAACCCUGAAGAACCUGGAUCAAGUUCUUUCCAUAAGGGCAGCAAACAACUUUAUAAUCCUAGUAGGUUAUACUAGCACAGGAUAGGUCUUGGGGGGUUGUCACUUGUGUUUAUUGUGACUAAGUCUUUGCUAAUACAUGUUAAAGUGUUUGCCACCAAACCGGAAUAGAAGUUCCCUUAAGUAGGCUUGUGGCUGCAUUGUACCACAGGGAAGUUUGAGACUGAAGGAUAAUAAAGAAAUGGACCAUG